CUCUACAAUUUCCGCAGAGAGGAACCAGUGAUUACGUCAUCGUCACACGUGGCAUGCCAAACCUGUCAGCUGUAACGGUUUGUCUGUGGAUGAAAACCGCUGAUACUAGAAAUGAAGGAACACUCCUGAGCUAUGCUGUAUCUGGAGCAACUAACGAGCUUCUCCUGACUGACUAUAGACUAUUUAGGAUCUACAUCAACGACCAUGGAGGUGGUCAUACUUCUGUAUCCGCCAAUGAUGGAAAGUGGCAUCAUAUCUGCCUAACAUGGGAGAAUACCAAUGGAUCAUGGAAAUUAUUUCGAGAUGGUUCGGUUGCCGCUCAUGGCAAAAGUCUCCAAACAGGUCACAUGAUUCGUGCAAAUGGAUCCCUGGUAUUAGGGCAGGAGCAAGACUCAAAGGGGGGAAAAUUUGAAGCCCAUCAAUCUUUCAUCGGUGAAAUGACAGGUGUCAACAUUUGGGAUCACGUCAUAAAAGACCAAGAAAUCGCACGCAUGUCAAAGUCGUGUCUGACAGGGGUGGGCAACGUGUUUCAGUGGCGCGAGUUCAAAGCUCACAUCAAGGGCUCAGUGAAGAUAAUUAAGCCAUCGUGCUGAAGUGAAAACAUCCAUGAUAUGAUUUAUGAACAUUGUGAAGGAUGUUGCAUUAAAAACAACCUUUGAAAACUC